GAGACACCCACCACCCUAUUACCAAACACCAUCUCUCUCUCUCCCCCUUCCACCAUGACCCUCCACAUCCAAAAUGCCAGUCCCUCACUUCUCAACCCCGCUUCUCUUCUCUCCGGUAAUCGUCGCCGUUAUCCUCAUCUUCUCCGGCCACCUAGCACAGUCGUUUUCCUCCGAUGUCACCUAUGCCGACUGUGACCGAACCUUCUCAUGCGGUUCCAUCAGAAAUAUCUCUUACCCAUUCACCGGAGGCGACCGGCCAGACCACUGUGGCCUGCCGGAGUUUCGACUCAGUUGCUGGAACAAUCAAACCGAAUUCACCACCAACUCAGUCACUUACCGAGUUCUCCAAAUCAACCAAACACAAAAAGCCCUAGCUCUAGCCCGUUCAGACCUCUAUAACACCACCUGUACUCAACAAUUCGUUAAUUCAACUUUCAAUCUUUCUUUUUUCACUUCGGGCGUCGAAAAUGAAGCUCUCACGUUGAUUUAUGGCUGUAAUUCUUCGCUUAUGACUGUGAAACCACAUAAUUUAUUCACCUGCAAUGCGAGUGGUGUCAAUUUCACCGAUUCUUAUUACUUGGUCGGACCGGUUCCAAGCGAUCCGAUAUUGAAUCUUUUUUAUUGUAGGGUUAGUGUUAGGGUUCCGAUGCUCAGGACUGUGGGUGAUAGGCUUACUAGGAAUCGGACAACUUUUGGGGAGGCUUUGGCUGAGGGUUUUAAUCUGAGUUAUAGUGACCCGUUUGACAGACAGUGCUCAUUUUGUACUGAAUUUGGUGGGCAAUGUGGGUUUGAUACGAAUUUGGGUGAGCCAAUUUGCAUCUGUGACAACAAGCCAUGUCCUGCGCCAGAAGGCAAGAGUGAUCGGACCCGAACAGCUCUUAUUAUAGGCCUUGUCUUAGCAGGUGCAGCUGUUGCUGGCAUUGGUGCAGGAUGGUUAGUCUUCUUUUCUAGACAAAGGAGAAAACGGCUAGCCGCACAUUCUGCUGAAACUGAAAGCAAAGACCUCCUAACUAUUCCUUCAAGCAAAGGCCUUGCUACUACUCCUUCAACUGCUUUCACUCGAAGCAUCCCUUCUUAUCCCUCCUCUAAAUCUGACUUUGGAAAGGAAAGCACCUACUUUGGAGUUCAGGUCUUCAGCCACACUGAACUUGAAGAGGCCACUGAUAAUUUUGAUCCUUCUAGAGAGCUUGGAGAUGGUGGCUUUGGAACUGUUUACUAUGGCAAGCUCCAUGAUGGUCGCAUAGUUGCAGUUAAACGCCUAUAUGAGAACAAUUUCAAGCGUGUAGAGCAGUUUAUUAAUGAAGUUGAGAUCCUCACACGAUUACAGCAUGAGAACCUUGUGAAGCUCUAUGGAUGCACAUCAAAACGAAGCAGAGAACUCCUCCUUGUUUAUGAAUUUAUCCCUAAUGGAACAGUGGCUGAUCAUCUACAUGGAAGACGUGCAAAUUCUGGUCUGCUCUCUUGGCCUAUCCGGUUGAAGAUUGCCAUAGAGACCGCUGGAGCACUGGCUUACCUCCAUGCAUCGGACAUCAUACAUCGUGAUGUUAAAACGAACAACAUUCUCCUGGAUAAUGAUUUCCAUGUGAAAGUGGCUGAUUUUGGGCUGUCCAGAUUGUUCCCCAAUGAUGUCACGCAUGUCUCAACUGCUCCACAGGGGACACCUGGCUACGUUGAUCCUGAGUACUAUCAAUGCUACCAGCUCACUGAAAAGAGCGAUGUUUAUAGCUUUGGGGUGGUUUUGAUUGAGCUAAUCUCAUCAUUACAAGCGGUAGACACCAAUAGGCACCGUCAUGAUAUCAAUCUGUCUAACAUGGCUAUCAACAAGAUUCAAAAUCGUGCAUUGCACGAGUUGGUCGAUCCAACUCUUGGAUUUGAAAAGAAUACUUCAGUGAGGAGGAUGACUACGUUGGUGGCGGAGUUAGCUUUUCGAUGUUUACAACAGGAGAGGGAUAUGAGGCCUUCAAUGGAUGAAGUGCUGAAGUCUUUGAAAGGAAUACAGAAUGAAGAAUUGAAUUCCCUAGCAGCUGAGGUUGUGGACAUCUUGGUGGAUGACAUUGCUCUUUUAAAGGAUAGCCAUCCCCCACUUUCACCUAAUUCUAGUGGUUGAGAAUUCCUUCUCAUUUUUUGCUUAAAUUUUGAAUGAAGAUGUCAGGAGUGUUGCUAAUCCUCUUGAUCAGAUGUCGCUAAGUGGGUUAGAAUUUCUUUUCUUUUUGUCUACUUGGUUUUUAUUCUGUUGUAGCUGAAAUAUAUUUGACAUAUUUGACGAAUGCAAACUUGAAGGCAAUGUACAUAGUAAAAGGAGCUGCCAAUAACCUUGUAGUCUACAAGUUUUUUGUAUGUAUUUGUAUUUUACACUUGUUUGGUAGUUUGUGUAUUCUGAUGUAAUUUUUAAUGUGAACUAAGCUUUUAUAGGGAUGUCUGAAGUACCCCUUGAAAAUCCUUGUUGUGUUUGUAUGUAUAUUGCACUUGAUUUGAAAAGGGACAGAU